UGAGUUCCGGGUGCCUGAGGAAACGAACAUGGCGGCUGAGGGAGAUGUAGAUAUGGAUUUGGAGGCUGAUGAAAACUGCACGGGAAAACCGACAGAAAAGCCUCGUAAACACGAUAGUGGAGCUGCAGAUUUGGAAAGGGUUACUGACUAUGCCGAGGAGAAAGAAAUAUCCAGCUCCAAUUUGGAAACGGCCAUGUCCGUGAUUGGAGAUAGAAGAUCCAGAGAACAGAAGGCUAAACAGGAAAGAGAAAAAGAAUUGGCCAAAGUAACAAUAAAGAAGGAAGACGUGGAGCUCAUUAUGGGAGAGAUGGAGAUCAACAGAGUUCUGGCAGAGCGCAGUCUAAGAGAACACAUGGGCAAUGUUGUUGAGGCAUUGAUCGCGCUGACUGACUGAAUUUGGCUGAUAUGAGAUGGACAUGUUGGACUGUCUUACUUGUCAUGAACUUUCCCUCCCCCUGGCUUUCACACUGUCCUUAAUCUGUAAUAAAUUAACUUUUUAACAGUA